CUAAUCAGCUUCCAUGUUCUCAUUUUCAGGACCUAUUACGAUGCAGAGUUUUGACAUCAGGGAUUUUUGAAACAAGGUUUCAAGUAGAUAAAGUAAAUUUCCACAUGUUUGAUGUAGGUGGCCAAAGAGAUGAGAGAAGAAAAUGGAUCCAAUGCUUUAACGAUGUCACGGCUAUAAUCUUUGUUGUGGCUUGCAGCAGCUACAACAUGGUAAUAAGGGAAGACAAUAACACAAACAGACUACGGGAAUCCCUGGACCUUUUCAAAAGUAUCUGGAAUAAUAGGUGGUUACGGACCAUUUCUAUCAUUUUAUUCUUGAAUAAGCAGGACAUGCUGGCUGAAAAAGUCUUGGCAGGGAAAUCAAAAAUUGAAGAUUACUUUCCUGAAUAUGCGCAUUACACUGUACCUGAGGAUGCAACACCAGAUGCAGGAGAAGACCCCAAAGUCACAAGAGCCAAGUUCUUCAUCCGGGAUGAGUUCUUAAAGAUAAGUACGGCGAGCGGAGACGGCCGGCACUACUGCUACCCGCACUUCACUUGCGCCGUGGACACAGAGAACAUCCGCAGAGUGUUCAACGACUGCAGGGACAUCAUCCAGAGGAUGCACCUCCGCCAGUACGAACUCUUGUGAGGGGAUCGCCGUGGAACCUGUGGUUUUAAAUUCUUUGCUCCUUACUCUUUCUCUUGAUACUACCCCACACAGGGUGGAAGAAUAUACUAUAGAAAUGUCAGUCUCUUCACUUGGUUUACUUUAAUUAUUUAACCUUAAAGCUGAUUUGAAGCGAGUUUGGGUUGGUUUUCCUUCAUGCUUUUUGGGACUAUUUUUGUGCUUUAUUUUGACAUGCCACUUCUUCGUCAUUCCACUAAGCCCUUUGGCUACCUCUGUUCCCUCGGGUUUUGUUGUUGAAAGCGAGCGCGACCCGCGGUGUGUUGCGGUGGGUCAGUGCCACUUCGGAGCGGGAUGUUGGCUGGACGACGCUAAGUCACGGCGCUCCCUCCGUGUGGGUUUCCUUUUUAACGUGACAUUGAAGAGUACUUGAUGGGUGAAAAAGAUUAAUGCACUUUGUAUCAGGUUAUUAAAUACUGUCGAGGAAGUAGACACACAAUGUAGCAGCACCACAAUAUUUAUUACUCCGUCACAGUUUUUAGCAUUUCUGAGUUGCAGGUCAACUGAUACGGUGACCUCCUCUUUUAAGCCGUUACUGGCGCAGGAAGUAGAGUAGAUACUGAGAGGAAUAGUGAAGACAAAGCAAUUUCUCUGGGGUUCCGGAGCUCAGCGUCUCUGCGCACCUCAGGCGUUUGAAUCACAGCUCCUUUUCAGCCUGUCGCAUCUAGGCAGAAAAUUGACCGCCCUCACUUACGUUGUUUGUGCUGUCCACAAAUGAUCCUUUUCGUUCCGAUCAUUCUUGGACGACGGUCCUCUCCCUAUAUAUAUUUUUUUGUUUUACUGCUGGUUUAUUAUAUUGUACAGACUGUAAAAUGUAAUAUUAUUUUGUACAACUUUAUUGAA